AUGGCACGCCAAUUUAUCGUUUUUGCCUUAUUGGCUUUAACCAUCGCCGCCGUUUUCGCCGCCGAUGCUCCUGCAGCCUCUCCCAAAAAAUCUCCGUCACCAACCGCCGCACCAACCAAAUCUACCACCGCCCCAACCAAAGCUCCGGCCACCGCACCAAAAUCCUCCGCCGCCGCACCUAAAUCAUCCUCCGCCUCUUCUCCCAAAGCAUCUUCUCCUGCUGCUGAGGGACCCGCCGCCGAAGACGAUUACUCCGCCGCUAGUCCAAGUGACUCCGGCGAGGCACCCACCGUCUCCUCCCCGCCGGCUCCCACACCAGACAGCACCUCCGUCGCCGAUGGACCAAGCGAUGGACCUGCUACGGCUGAGGCACCAACGAGCGGUGCUGUGACCACCGUCAAACUCUCCGUCGCCGCCACAUUCGCCGCCGUUGGCUUCUUCUUCGUUUCUUUCUAA